GGACGUGCACCCGCUUCCGGGCCUUGUCGCCAUUUGCAGCGGUUGCACCUUCUCACGCUUAGUAGUCCGCUGGGACAAUGAGCUCUGACUACCAUCAGAACUGGGGCCGCGAUGGUGGGCCCCGUGGUUCCGGCGGAGGCUAUGGGGGGAGCCACGGAGGGGGCCAUGGAGGGAACAGAAGCUCCGGAGGCGGCGGCGGCGGCGGCGGGGGUGGUCGAGGCGGCCGGGGCCGACAUCCCGGGCAUCUGAAAGGCCGCGAUAUCGGCUUGUGGUACGCGAAGAAACAGGGGCAGAAGAACAAGGAAGCCGAGAGGCAGGAGAGGGCUGUCGUACACAUGGAUGAACACCGAGAAGAACAAAUUGUGCAGCUACUACAUUCUGUCCAAGCUAAGAAUGAUAAAGAUUCGGAAGCACAGAUAUCCUGGUUUGCUCCUGAAGAUCAUGGAUAUGGUACUGAAGCUCCUGCUGAGAACAAAUCAAGUCGAGAAAAGAAAUUUGAGAACCAGGAAAAGAAAUCAAUAAAUCAAGAAAAGAGGCCGUUUAGAAUUAGAGACAAAUAUAUUGACCGGGAUUCUGAGUAUCUCUUGCAAGAGAAUGAACCAGAUGUAACUUUAGACCAACAAUUAUUGGAAGAUUUACAGAAGAAAAAAUCGGACCUUCGGUAUAUUGAAAUGCAGCAUUUCAGGGAAAAGCUGCCUUCAUUUGGAAUGCAAAAGGAAUUGGUAAAUAUGAUCGAUAAUCAUCAAGUGACAGUAAUAAGUGGUGAAACUGGUUGUGGAAAAACCACUCAAGUUACUCAGUUCAUUUUGGAUAAUUACAUCGAAAGAGGAAAAGGAUCUGUAUGCAGGAUAGUUUGUACUCAGCCAAGAAGAAUUAGUGCCAUUUCAGUUGCGGAGAGAGUGGCUGCAGAAAGGGCAGAACCUUGUGGCAAUGGUAAUAGUACCGGAUACCAAAUUCGUCUGCAGAGUCGGUUGCCAAGGAAACAGGGUUCUAUCUUAUACUGUACUACAGGAAUCAUCCUUCAGUGGCUCCAGUCAGACCCGCAUUUGUCCAGUGUUAGUCAUAUUGUGCUUGAUGAAAUCCAUGAGAGAAAUCUGCAGUCAGAUGUUUUAAUGACUGUUAUUAAAGAUCUUCUCAGUAUUCGACGUGACCUGAAAGUAAUAUUGAUGAGUGCAACACUGAAUGCUGAGAAAUUUUCAGAAUAUUUUGGUAACUGUCCAAUGAUACAUAUACCUGGUUUUACUUUUCCGGUUGUGGAGUACCUUUUGGAAGAUAUAAUUGAAAAAAUAAGAUAUAUUCCAGAACAAAAAGAACACAGAUCCCAGUCAAAGAGGGGUUUCAUGCAAGGGCAUGUAAAUAGACAAGAAAAAGAAGAAAAAGAAGCAAUCUAUAAAGAACGCUGGCCAGAUUAUGUAAGAGAACUGGGGAAAAGGUAUUCUGCAAGUACCGUAGAUGUUAUGAAAAUGAUGGAUGAUGAUAAAGUUGAUCUGAAUUUGAUUGCUGCCCUAAUUCGACACAUUGUUUUGGAAGAAGAGGAUGGUGCAAUAUUGGUUUUUCUGCCAGGCUGGGACAAUAUCAGCACUUUACAUGACCUCUUGAUGUCACAAGUGAUGUUUAAAUCAGACAAGUUUCUUAUUAUACCUUUACAUUCACUGAUGCCUACGGUUAACCAGACACAGGUAUUUAAAAGAACCCCUCCUGGUGUUCGGAAAAUAGUAAUUGCUACCAACAUUGCAGAGACCAGCAUUACCAUAGAUGAUGUAGUUUUUGUGAUAGAUGGAGGAAAAAUAAAGGAGACACACUUUGACACACAGAACAACAUCAGCACAAUGUCUGCUGAGUGGGUUAGUCAAGCUAAUGCCAAGCAAAGGAAAGGUCGCGCUGGAAGAGUUCAGCCUGGUCAUUGCUAUCAUCUGUAUAAUGGUCUUAGAGCGAGCCUUCUAGAUGACUAUCAACUGCCAGAAAUCUUGAGAACUCCUUUGGAAGAACUUUGUUUACAAAUAAAGAUUUUAAGACUAGGAGGAAUUGCUCAUUUUCUGAGUAGGCUAAUGGAUCCACCAUCAAAUGAAGCAGUGUCACUCUCCAUAAAACAUCUGAUGGAACUGAAUGCUUUGGAUAAACAAGAAGAAUUGACCCCUCUUGGAGUCCAUUUAGCACGAUUACCAGUGGAGCCACACAUUGGAAAAAUGAUUCUUUUUGGAGCUCUAUUCUGUUGCUUAGACCCAGUACUCACCAUUGCUGCUAGUCUCAGCUUCAAAGAUCCCUUUGUCAUUCCAUUGGGGAAAGAAAAGGUCGCAGAUUCAAGAAGAAAGGAAUUGGCAAAGGAUUCUAAAAGUGACCACCUGACAGUUGUGAAUGCAUUUGAGGGCUGGGAAGAAGCUAGACGACGUGGUUUCAGAUAUGAAAAAGACUAUUGCUGGGAAUAUUUUCUGUCUUCAAACACACUGCAGAUGCUGCAUAACAUGAAAGGACAGUUUGCUGAGCAUCUUCUUGGAGCUGGAUUUGUAAGCAGCAGAAAUCCUAAAGAUCCAAAAUCUAAUAUAAAUUCAGAUAAUGAGAAGAUAAUUAAAGCUGUCAUCUGUGCUGGUUUAUAUCCCAAAGUUGCUAAAAUCCGACUAAAUUUGGGUAAAAAAAGGAAAAUGGUGAAGGUUUACACAAAAUCCGAUGGACUAGUUGCUAUUCAUCCUAAAUCCGUUAACGUGGAGCAAACAGAGUUUCACUACAACUGGCUUAUCUAUCACCUGAAGAUGAGAACAAGUAGUAUAUACUUGUAUGACUGCACAGAAGUUUCCCCAUACUGUCUCUUGUUCUUUGGAGGUGACAUUUCCAUCCAGAAGGAUAACGAUCAGGAAACUAUUGCCGUAGAUGAAUGGAUUGUCUUUCAGUCUCCAGCAAGAAUUGCCCAUCUUGUUAAGGAAUUAAGAAAGGAACUAGAUAUUCUUCUGCAAGAGAAGAUCGAGAGUCCCCAUCCUGUAGACUGGAAGGACACAAAAUCCAGAGACUGUGCCGUACUCUCAGCUAUUAUAGACUUGAUCAAAACACAGGAGAAAGCGACUCCCAGGAACCUCCCGCCACGAUUCCAGGAUGGGUAUUACAGUUGACAGCUUUCCAUCGUGGUCUGAAAAGCCAAUCCGACGGGCAUUUUCCAUCAUAGUUUAAUUUUGGACUAGAUGCCAAACCCUGGAAUAUGAAUAAUUUCCAAGUGUAAGGUAGAAAACAUCAGUAGGCAGUAAGACUUACUGUGCACGAGUUAACGAUGUUAUCUGUAGCACUUAUAAAUAUACCAUAAAAAACAAUAUGUUCUCUGAUCACAUACUUUUUUGUGGUCAUGUCCACACUUAGGGAGUACUUGAGAAAUUCCUUCGUUACAAAAAAAAAAAAAUUGAUCUUUCUGCUUAAUUACUGAGUAUAGAACCAAUAAAACAGAAUGGUUAGCCAAAGAACAUUGUCAAGUAGAAAUCUGAAAACAGCCAUGUUUUUCAGAUAAAUGAAACAUCUAUCAGAAGUUCAUUUGUUGUAAUAAAACCCAGUAUUUAAUAAAAUGUACAGUAUGUAAAGCUCAGCUAACUUUUUGGCUUGGUUUCUACAUCUCCACCUCUCUUGGUUUGAUGUUUUUUAUCUUUUUAGAAUAUAUUUGUACUCCUUUUACAUCACCUCGUGCAGCAUAAUGUAGCAGUUGAGAGCAUGAGUUUGGAGCCUGACUACCUAAGUUCAAAUAUGUUUUAUAUAUGUAAAGGAUAUAGACUAGUGGCUGGCACGUAAAGCGUACUCUCUAAAUCUUAGUUAUUAUUUGUCCCUGAAAAAUUUUUUGACAACCACUUAUAUUACACUUUUUCCCCAUACUGUGGUGCUAUUUUAUCCUCUUGGCCAAUGGAAGUUUGUGUGUUAUGUACUGUGUGUUGUUUUAAGCCCUGGCCAGUCGUGACAGAUACUGUCGGUUACUAUCCAUCAGCUGUCUUGUCCUUCCCUCUUCGCUUGCUUGUUCAAGUACCCUGUGCAGUCUUGUGCCCGAGGAUGUCGUGCCCUGCAGUCUAAUUCCUCUCGUAAGUAACUGAUCAGCCAUGAAUGUGUAAACCUGUCCUGGCCAUUGGCAACUGAGAUCUGCAAGGGGCAUCUGAGAAUGAGUUUCCUCACCCACAGACUUAGAGGAGGAAAUCCUGCUUCCUUCUUUGGAGAUUGUCUUAUCUGAAUCUGGCACUCAACUGCUACAGCCAUUUUAUGGUCAGAGGGUUGCCUCAGUGGGAAGGAGAAAACCAUCAGAGAGUCCUUGAUCAUGCUAGUGAGCUGCUGAAUUACUCAACUCAAACUGCCUCACCUCCCCACCAAUGACUUAUUUUGAUAUAAUAAACCUUUCCUUGUUUUAGCCACUUUUUGUAGGGUCUUUUGUGUAACGUGGAAGGAAGCAUAUUAGCUGAAACACAUUUAUCAUUGAGCAUCCUUUGCUGAGGCCUCUUUUUACCAUUUAUUUUGUGAUCUUAGAGUUUGACCUGUAUGUCUGACAAAAUGUGUAAAAGUGGUAGUACUGGACAUAUUGCAAAAAGAAACAGGAAGAGCAUUCUGCUGCACCCUAAAAACUAUGUAUAUUUUAUUGUGCCUUCCAAUAAGUCCAAAGAAACCAAAGGAAAAGAAUGUCGUACAAUGACUGGAUUUACUGAUAAUGCUAUGAUGAUCUGUUAACAGCACUGGUUCAGGUACUGCUUAAUUUCUGGGACUAUAUGUCAACCUAUCAUUGUCUUCCAAGAUUUUGAUUGUACUGUGUGUCUUAAGUCCAUUCUCUUAGCUAGACUCCCAGCAGUGACCUGUCUCACUGAAUUCUUGCAUUGAGUCGUAUCACAACAUUGUAGCAUAUUUUAUCCCUUUAUUCAAGGUGACCGCGAGGUCCUAUUUGUUCUAAAGAGCAUGACUUUCAUGAUUUUUUUUUUUUUCUUUUAUUAUAGAGUCAGUUGGCCAAAAUGGCCUUGGCAGAAAGCAUUUUUAAAAAUAUGUAAAAAUGGAUUACUAGUUAAUUGGUUCCAUGUUUGCAAACCAAUAUUUAGUCUCUAUAUAAAUGGGGAAAUGUUCCUGAAGAGUUGUUUAAUAGAAGAACUAGUCAAAGAAGUGAAGUACUUAUUGUCACUCCCAAUUUAUGUCUCCUCUACAGCUGAUCAGGAUGGGAAUUUUAAUUGAAGGUGCUAUUUAUGUUCUCUCUCUUUUGUUUACAAAAUAGGGUGUUAUUGAGUUGAAAAUGUAUUCCAGGUCUGGGAACUAUUUGUCAUUUAGUAGUUUUAAAGAAUAAGACAUUAAAUUAAGAAAAACGAUUUGCCUCACCAUCCUGAGUAAUAGUGAGGAUAUUAAAGGAUACUUGAAUAAAUAACCUUGAAACAGAAACUUAUGGGGGGAAAAAAAACAAAAGAAGUAAAGAAAUCACUGAAUGAUCUUUAAGAUGUCUUGGAAACGUGAGUCCAUAUGACUCCUUCCUAAUUCUUUAAGUAGGCGAUAUCUUUAUACCAAUUAUUACAAGUGGUUUACUGCAUUUUUAAAACAAAGUUCACUCUAAAAGUUAGGAGUUACAGAAAAGCUUCAGAAAGAAUUUAUUUUAGUACCCUCUUACUGAAAAUAAAUGGUAAUUUCCUUUCCACUUUUUAGCUCUGAGUUUGUGUAUAUUUAUUUUUAUGAAAUUGUGAUCAUGUGGUAUAAUCAUAUUUAUAACAUGCUAGUUGUUUUUAAAUACAUUUUUAUUUUAAAAUACAUCCUCAUUGUAGAAUAUUUAGAAAUAUUGUAGAAUAUUUAAAAAAAAGCAUGUUACCCAUUUUGAUAUAUUUCCAUACUCUUUAACAUUUAAGGUAUUAUUGUAUAUAAUAAAAUUAGCCAAUUUGAGUGUAUAAUUCUGUGAAUUUUGUCAAAUGUAUAAAGUCAUGUAAUUGCUACCACUAGAAUUUUGAUAUAAAACAUCCCCACCAUCUGAAAAUUUCUCAUUUCCCUUUUUAGUCAGUCCGCAGCUCCCACUCUGUCCACUGGCAACCAGAUCUGCUUUUGGUCAUCAUUGCCAUUACUAGAAUUUCAAAUAAAUGUUACCAUAUGUAAUCUUCUGGCUUUCCCAGAAGAACAUAGUGCUUUUGAGACAUUUAUGUUGUUGCAUGUAUCGGUAGUUCCUUUUUUAUUGUUUAGUAGUAGUGUACUGUGUGGUUGUACCAGUUUGUUUAUACAUUCAGCAGUUGAUGGACCUUUGAGUUUGCUAUUAUAAAUAAAGCUGCUAUGAACAUGUGUA